UCAGUUCACAGAAUGUCACUGCAAGUUCUCUUGUUCUCUGUUUUAUUAUGCAUAUAUUUUGUUGUUUAUGGUCAUCUGCUGUUGUCUUUUUCCUUUAUUGAGAUUACGCCUCAUUCUCACAGGAACUGUAGCUUGAACUUUUACUUGCAUCUGAAAGAGAAGACCGACAGAAACAGGACUUUUAUCUUUGUAACGUCACUGACUGACUGACUCCACCCACACAUUCAGAUCUCUUCCUGAUCUCACGAUGGCAACAGAGAAAGACACAUAUAAGCAGAUGAAAACUACAGAAACAUCCACACAUGUGCAACUCCAUCAAACAUUAUCUGGAGGAAUGAACAGUCUCACUGUGAAUCUCUCGCAGGACGAUGAUCAGACAGACGUCAGGAGUCACAGAAGGUGAUCAGAUGAAGACUAAAGACAGAGACGAGGAGAGAACAGAAUAUCAGCAUGUCCGCCGCUGACACCAGAGUGAUCGUUGCCCACAUUCCUCCUCGUAGGAGAAGAUGGAGCAUAGACCAACCUCCUCACAUGAGGAUUGUUCUUCUGGGGAAGAGCGUGUCAGAAAACAGUGGAGUGGGAAACUUCCUGUUGGGACGAGCAGCGUUUGACAGUGAAGCUCCUCCAGAUGUUGUAGAGAGAGUCGGAGGAAGAUUGAAGGACAGACACGUGAUGAUCAUCAACAGUCCUCAGCUGCUCCAGACAAACAUCUCAGAUCAUCAGAUCACACAGACAGUGAGAGAGUGUGUGUCUCUGUCUGAUCCAGGACCUCAUGUGAUCGUUCUGCUCCUCAAACAUGAUCAGUGUUCAGCAGAAGAUCAGGAGUGUGUGGAGAAGGUGCUGGACUCUUUCUCUGAGCGCGUUUAUCAAAACACAAUGGUGCUCACCACACAAGAGCCCACUGAAACCAAUGACAUCCUACAGAAAAUCAUUCAGAAAUGCUUCAACAGACACUUCAGUCUUCAGAGAAGCAGCUCUCCUGAUGAUCUUCUGCAGACGUUUGAGGACAUUGUGCAAAUGAAUGAUGGACGACACCUGGAUUGUGCUGAAGCUUCACAGUAUUUCACAAUGAAGCAACAGGACACAGAAAGAUUUUCAGAGGGUGUGAAGCUGAAUCUGGUUGUGUGUGGGAGUGACGGCACGUUAAAAUCCUCCAUAUCAGAGCAGAUCCUGCAGCAGACAGACAGAAGAUCAGACGUGGAUCUUCAUGGACGUCAGAUCAGUCUGGUGGAUCUUCCAGCUCUGUUCAACACUCGUCUCUCAGAGGAGGAAGUGAUGCGUCAGACUCUCCGCUGUGUGUCUCUCUGUCAUCCUGGAGUUCAUGUUUUCCUCCUCAUUAUUCCUGAUGCUCCACUCAAUAAUGAAGACAAAGCAGAAAUGGAGGAGAUCCAGAGGAUCUUCAGCUCCAGAAUCAACAAACACAUGAUGAUCCUCAUAAUGCAGAAUUCAGAGCAUCAGACAGCAGAACUGAAUGAAGAAACACAGUCUGUCACUGAGAGAUUUGGAGGACGACAUCAUUUCUUUGGUCCCAACACACAAGUGUCCACAUUGAUGGAGAACAUUGAGAAGAUGCUGGAAGAAAACGGAGGAGGCUUUUUCUCCACAGAGACAUUUCUGGAGACCCAGAUGGAAAAACUGAUGAAAUAUGAAGAGAUGAAGAAGAAAAUUGACUCACUAGAGACACAUUUACUGUCACAAGGUCCAAGAGAAAACACAGAUGAACUGAGGAUUGUACUGCUGGGAAAAACUGGAGUUGGGAAGAGUGCAACAGGAAACACAAUCUUAGGAAGAGAUGCGUUUACAGCAGAAACAUCUCCAGAGUCAGUUACUAAAGAGAGUCAGAGAGAAUCAUCUGAAAUCAACGGCCGACACGUUACUGUGAUCGACACUCCAGGACUGUUUGAUACUGAACGGAGUAAUGAGGAGAUCCAGAGAGAAAUCAGACACUGCAUCUCCAUGAUCCUGCCUGGACCACAUGUGUUUCUCCUGCUGAUUCCACUGGGAAGAUUCACUAAAGAAGAACAGAAAUCAGUGAAGAUCAUCCAAGAGACGUUUGGAGAGAAAUCUUUAAUGUACACCAUGGUGCUCUUCACCAGAGGAGACGAUCUGAAGAACAAAAGUAUUGAUCAGUAUAUGGGAAAACCUGGAUCUGUGAUCAGAAACCUGAUUGAAGCGUGUGGAAACAGAUUCCAUGUGUUCAAUAAUAAUCAGACUGGAGACCGAACACAGGUGUCUGAUCUACUGGAGAAGAUAGACAACAUGGUGGAAGAAAACGGAGGGAGUUUCUACUCAUGUAAGAUGUUCAGACAGAUGGAGAGAGAAAGACAAGAACAACAGAUGAAGAUCCUGAUGGACAGAGUAAGAGAAAGAGAAGAACUGAUGAACAAACUAGAAGAAGAGAAAGAGAGUAUGAAGAUGAUGAUGGAAGAAGAACGACAGAAUCAUGACAAAGAGAUAAAGAGAAGAGAAGAGGAACUGAAAAGAGAAAUAAGAGAACAAGAGAAACAUCAGAGAGAAAUACGAGACGAGAUGAGACGAGAACGAGAGACAUUUAAACAUGAAAUAGAGGAAAUGAGACAAGAAAAAGAGAAUUUGAAGAAAGAAAAGGAAAAACUUCAGAUCAAAUAUGACACAGAAACAGACAGACUGAUGAACAGAAUAGAGAAUGAGAGGAAGAAAAGAGAGGAGGAAUUUAAUGAGAGAGAAGAACGAUAUAAAACACUAAUGAAAGAGAAAGAAGAUCUUCAAUCCAAACAUGAAGAAGAAGAAAACAAGAUGAAGAUCCUGAUGGAGAAACUGAACAGAGAAAGAGAAGAACUGAUAAAGAAACAUGAUGAAGAGAAAGAGAGAAUGAAGAAGAUGAUGGAGGAAGAACGACAAAAUCAUGACAAAGAGAGAAAGAGAAGAGAAGAAGAAUUUUAUGAGAGAGAAGAACGAUAUAAAAGAGAAAUGAAUGAACAGGAGGAGAUGAUGAGAGAUGAAAUGAAGAGAGAACGAGAGAUGUUUAAAUAUGAAAUGAGGAAAGAAAAAGAGAAUCUACAGACAGAAAUAGACAGCCUGAUGAACAGAAUAGAGAAUGAAAGACAGAAUCAUGACAAAGAGAGAGGGAGAAGAGAAGAAGAGUUUAAAGAGAGAGAAGAACGAUAUAAAAGAGAAAUGAAAGAGAGAGAGGAGCUCGAGAGAGAGAUACAAGACGAGAUGAGACGAGAACGAGAGUCAUUUAAACAUGAAAUAGAGGAAAUGAGACAAGAAAAAGAAAAACUUCAGAUCAUAAAUAACACAGAAAUAGACAGACUGAUGAACAGAAUAGAGAAUGAACGACAGAAUCAUGAAAAAGAGAGAAAGAGAAGAGAAGAUGAAUAUACAGAAAGAGAAGAACAAUAUAAUAUACAAAUGAGAAGAGAACGAGAGGAAUGGGAGCAACAGAAACUGGAGGAAAAGACAAGAAGGGAAGAAGAGAAGAAAAGGACAGAGAGAGAAAAACAGAUUUCUGAUGAACAGAUUCAGAGACUGAAGAGUGAAAUGGAGGGAAUAAUCAGAGAGAAAGAGAGUAUGAAGAUGAUGUUGGAGGAAGAACGACAGAAUCAAGACAAAGAGCGAAAGAUAAGAGAAGAAGAACUGAGAGAGAGAGAAGAACGACAUAAAAGAGAAAUGGCAGAAAAGGAGGUGCAGUUGAGAGACGAAAUGAAGAGAGAACAAAAGGAAUGGGAGAGACAGAAACAAGAGGAAAAUAAGAGAAGAGAGAAAGAGUUUAAUGAAAGAGAAGAAGGAUAUAAAACAAAAAUAAAAGAGAAAGAGAGACAGAUGUGUGAGAAGAUGAGAGAACAAGAGGAAUGGGAGAAACAGAAACUAGAGGAAAAGACAAGAAGAGAAGAAGAGAAGAAAAGGACAGAGAGAGAAAAACAGAUUAGUGAUGAACAGAUUCAGAGACUGAAGAGUGAAAAGAAGGGAAUAAUCAGAGAGAAAGAGAGAAUAGAAAGAGAGAGACGAGAACAACUAGAGGAUUUAGAGAAGAGACUGACAGAAGAAAGAAACAUGAGAGAAGAUCAACAAAAGACUUCUGAAGAAACACUGAAACUCCUUGAAGAACAGCAUGAAGAAGAACUGAAGAGAAGACGAGUGGAGUGGAGAGAGGAAUAUGAACGAGAGAAAGAGAAGAUGAUGAGGAAGAUCUGCUCUGAAACUGAUCAGUCACUACAGGUCGCAGCCUACAGGAAACUGGAGACCGAAUACAGCAGGUGGUCCUGGAGUCUUCACAGAGCCAUGAUGGAAACUGAGAACAAACUACUGAACAAAAUACAACAUGGAGAAAUUCAUGAGGUUGAGGAAACUGAUCUUCAAAGAGGACUGAAGAAGACAAGUGAAGAAGUGGAAAAAUCAAUGUCUGAAUUCUUUGAGAAAGACACUGAUAAAUAUAUACUGAUUCAGUGGAAAACAUCAUUUGAAAUCAAAAUCAAAGAGCUUCAGGAAAACAUUGUGAGAGAAACAAAGAGGAAAUUAAAUGAGGUUCUUCAGCAGCGACACCUGAAGAAAGAGAUUGAUGAUCAGAGGAAACAUCAUGAAAACACUCUCUAUGAAAAGAGCAAAGAACUCGCCUUAAAACUCAAAGACAAAACAAAUGAUGAAGAAACACUGAAGAAAGAGUUUGAUUUGUUCUGGAAACAGAAUGUGAAGAAGAUCAUCAUCAGAGACACUCCUGCAAUCAGAGACAUUGAUAUAAUGAGAGAUGUGAGAGAAAUCCUCAGUGACCUCUAUGAAAGUGUUUCUGUAGAUCACUGGAGGGAGAGCAGAGAUAUUUUCACUUUGCAUAGUUACUCUGAAUAUGUACGGUUAAAGAGGUUAAGGGGAAUUAAUGGAUAUUCAUUAAAUUUGUACAUAUCAGCUAAAGAGAUGAUGGGUUAUGUUCUAUCUCCAGAGGAUGAAGCCCAAAUAAGAUCAUUUGUCACAGAUGUUUCUCAGCAGACAGACAAACUGAUUCAGUCAUUUAACAUUUCAAAGAUUGGCUACAACAUCAGCUGCAUUCAACAACUGAUAGAUUACAUCAAGAAGAAAGUAACAGAACAUCAGGAACGAGUGAAAUAUGUGUUCAAGAAUGAAUUCUUCAUGGAUCUGGUUAUUUCCAUCUGUAAGAGAUCAAACAAGAAGAUCACUGACCAACACAGACUGUUCAGAGAAGCCAAUGAUCCUGUAAUAUAUUUUGAGAAGAAGAGAGGAGAGUACUAUAGUAUUUUCCAGAAAUAUUGUCAUGGAGCAACAUCAGCUGCCAUGUUUGGGGAGAUCAUCUGUCAGAAACUGAAAGAGCCCGUUGAGCAGAGUGUCUACAAGAAGACUGCCAGAGAUCUGACAGAUGAAAUGAUGAAAAACUGUGAAUCACUGAAUGGAAACAGAUCAAAUCUGGAGAAACACAUCCUGAAGACACUGGCAGAAGAGCAGGAUUUUGACAAAUACAUGAACUACAUUCAUAAACCCAGAGAUCAGUUCAAGAGUUUCAUCAGAGAUGAAGUCAGGCGGUACAUCUCUGAUAAGUUCAGUGUCAGUGUUUUACCCAAGAUGAAGAAGAACAUUGAACUCCUGCAGCAGAAGAUCAUGAAAGCAGCACAUGAAUCUACUGAACAUGUUCAAGAGAACAGAGGAGAUGUUGGUUUGUGGUUGAAGAGAUUCACACAGCAGAUCUCAGAUGAGCUGAUCUUCUCUGAAAAAGACCUCAGAGGAGUCAAACAUGAUGAUGUUGAUGAUUUCAACCUCCUAGAAGAUGUGAUGAGACGAGAACUUACUGCUAUAAUGACUGAGAUCAGCAGUAGAUUCAACACUGAUACAUUUCCAGUAAAACUGGACCUCAAGUUCAGACCAGAUGAGCUUCUGAUUGAUCUCUUCUGUCAGUGCUGUUGGGUUCAGUGUCCGUUCUGUGGAGUCACCUGCACCAACACCAUAAAAAACCAUGAUGGAGAUCACAGUGUUGCUUUCCACAGAGUGACUGGAAUUAAUGGCAUAUAUUACAGUUCAACAGGGAAUCUCUGUACUGAUAUUUGCACAGAUUUAGUGGCAAGUGAUCAUGAUUUUAAUACAUUAGAUAAAUGUGUUCAAUAUAGAGACUACAGAAGAGCAGGAGGAGUUUAUGCAAACUGGAGCAUCACUCCUGAUCUCUCUGAUCUGCCCUACUGGAAGUGGUUUGUGUGCAGAUUCCAGAAAGAUCUGGAAAAAUACUACAGUGAAACAAUUGAGGGGAGUGGUAAGAUCCCAGAUGAAUGGAGAAGAUACUCAAAACAGGAUGCAAUUGAGAGUUUGGAUCGAUACAUGUGAUGGAGCAGAUGAAGACUGAGACUCUUGCGUCUCCUCUCAGAUUCAGAUCAGUCAGAAAUGAGUUUCUCUGACAUUCAUCAGUGAAUCUGAGCUUAUCUACACCUCAGAAGAUCAGAGCUUCAUCAAAUACACCAGAAGAGAGUUAAAGACAAGAUUCAGUUCCUCAUACAAGUGUCUGUCUGAUGAUCAAAACAACAUAUUUCUGAACAUAUGCCUCAUUGAUAAAGCUCAAAAUGCUUGAUAUUAUAGUUUAUUAAUAAUCAAAACAGCUUAAUCUGUAUCAUGAACUGAAAAAGAUCUAUGAUAAGGACAUUAAUGACAGACUGUUGAUGAAAUAUGAUUGAAGUGUGUGUUUGUUAAAGCUCAGUGCUGGAAUCAGACGAUGGAGGAACGUGUGAGAAAUAAACAGAUGUGUGAAUCAAAUCUCUCAGACCUGUCAAUCUGAUUCAUAUUGAUUCAUAUUCAUAUGAUUCACUCGACACAAAUACUGUCAACAUCAUGAAUUUAUUGACCUUGUCAAGUGUCCUUUCACACUUGUUUAAUAUUUACUCGUAUUAUGAGAAACUUUGAUUUGACUUUAGGAAUUGAAAUGAUGAAACCUGAAGAUCUCUAUAGCAGAUUUUCAUUCUCUGACAGUAUCUCAGUCAUUGAUAAAAUUCAUCACUUAAACAUUGCUAAAACAUAAUUAAUAAUGCUUACUACACAAUACUGUGAUCAAAAUGUCUAAAGAGUUAGAAAUUAAGAGACAGAGAGAAAUGUGCUGAGUGUCGACAGGAUCUGAACUCAAACUCUCACUGAUGAUCUUUGACAGUUCAUAUCUGUCUCAUUCUCUGUUCAGUGUCACAAGAGUUCAUCAGGAUCAUUUCACACUGAUUGUUCAUAUGAACUCGUUCUAGAAACUUGUUAAAGCACAUCAGCUCCAGCUUUGGGUUCUCCAGCUUCAUCCUGCUGACCAGAUGAUGAGGAUGAGCUGAUCCUGAUGGAACUGGAAGACGGAGGAUUUUAAUGACACUCUUAAACUGCAGGAGUAUCCACACAUCUUCAUCUGUUUAUCUGAAGCUCUGUGUUGAUCCUGUUGAACAUCUGCAAGCUCUCUUUUCUUCUGCAUUUCCUCAACCAGUUUUUGCUGUUUCUUUUUUUCUGUUUUCCCAAACCUCUGUUCUCCAUAUGCUAAAACAGGUUUGAGACCCCUGGUGUAAAAUAAUCACUGAAUUAUCAUUUGUGUGAUUGUUAGAAACAAAGACUAACAAUGAAAGACUAAAAAUGAUACUUCCGUCAUAAAGUCAUAUUUGAUAAUUAAUCAGUGGCCUAAACUAAAUGUCUGAAUGAAUAGAAAAUACUUUGAUGAAAUAUACUAAUAAUAUGUCAAUCUGUUUUUCUUCAGUUAUUCAUAAAUCGGACACAGAGGAACAGUGUAAGCUGGUUUUACUGCAGCACAUGCCUGGCAACAAUAACAUAUGCAGAUUUUAAUCAGUUUCUGUCAGUUCCUGACACUGUUUCAGAGUACAUGAUUGUUUUACUGCUUGAAGUUUCUGUUUUGACGUUGUUGUUUGUUGAGUGUCCGGCAGAUGGCGCCAAAUCUCCAUUCAAACUGAUGACUCUUGAACGGCUUUCAUUCAUACGAGGCAGUAUCAGUCCAAUCACGUGACCGUUAUUAUAUCUGUAUUAUUACUGACAGAAUUAAUCACGCUUACUGAUUAAGCGCUCUCAUGAGUCACGUGUGUCUGUUUCUGCCUGGUGUUCCGUACAGUGUGUGUGUGUGUGUGUGUGUGUGUGUGUGUGUGUGUGUGUGUGUUCAGUUAGUGAACGCUAGAACUGCGUCAUCAAUAUCUGCUCAUUCUUGCUCUUAAGAUUCCCGAAUGAUUUCCGUCACAAGGCACGUGCAGGAAUAUCAGGCGCCUCCUCCGCAGGAUCACGUGAACCGAAAGUGAAAGUGAAAGUGAACAGUCUUGAACAGCAGCUCGACUCUUGUGAGGUUAUAUUCCGCGCAUUGCUGUAUUUUAUGCUCAUAUGUUGGUUUGGUGAUAUCAGUAAUAAUUUCGAGCAUCUAUUGAGAUUUUUUUUUUUUUAUGUUUUAAAGCGUUUUUCUUUUCGAGGAACCGUUUUUAUGAGCUUCAUGUGUUCAGAUUAUACAGUGAAGAUGGCGACCGGAGCUAAAACACUUCCUAGUAAGAAACUCCGUUUACACGCUUCAAAGACAGUUUGAGUUAAUAUUAUUCUAUCCAAUCCUGCUUCACACUGAGCUGAUGAAUAUAUUCAUGUACAUAGAUCAGCUCCAGUCCAGAUGAUCCAGUGAUCCGGAUUCUUCUGAUGGACAGAAGCUCAAAAGCUCAUCUGGAAACACUACUGGGAGAAAGAAAGAUUAAAGUUAAAAAGAAGCAUAAAGCUGAAGUUUGAGAGAAGAGGAAUUCUCCAGAUCUGAAUAAAGAAGAUGGAGACGAUGAUGAAAGAGGACACACCUGGACUUUAUGAUGAUGAAUUCAGUAAAGUGUAGCUGAUGUUCUUGUCUCCACGCUUUUCUCUUCACCAUUGAAGUGGAUUUAUUCACUUGGGAAAAUAAGAAAACAUGAAGAAACUCCAAAGAGUGUUUUGGGAACACACGUUAAAAACUUUUAUAACAGCAAUGAUAAUUCACACUACACAGAGUGAACUGGACCAAACAGUGGUUUGACACGAUAUAUGUAGAACAACAGGAACUGGACUGGAGUAUUACUGGACCGAGGCUUUCAAAACACAUAUAAAUAUACAGAUCAAUAUUUCUGUCUUUAUCAUAUGUUGCAGAACGCAGUUCCGCACACUUGAACCGUGUUACAUGUCACUGGCGAUCACAGGAAGUGCAUCUCCUGCGGUGAUUCAUUAUGCUGGUUUCUCAUGUUAACUACAGUAAGAACAAAUGUAGCUCCUCCUCCUAUGUCAGCCUAGCCUGCCUGUUUCUGACGCGCUCGCGCUGCAGUACAACAGCACGAGACCAUCCUGCCAUCAAGAGCCCUUCAUUCAUUAACUCUGAAGAUCUGCUAUCAGGUUCUUCAUUUGAGUUGAAUCAUGUCUAUCAACAUGACGUGUGGAGAGAUUCAGACAACAGUGGGGUUUAUGUACAAGAUUCUGCCUGUGAUUCUGAAUCACACACUCAAUGAUCCUGACUGCGAACAGAGCUGGUAUACAAAGGACGGGCGUCUGUUAGCAGAUCCAUCAGAUCCACACAAACGGAUGUAUCCUGUUAUUUCAGUCUCAUCUGAAUGUCUCGUCACUUCUCACUGUGUGGAUCAACUUCAUCAUGAGAUUCAGUGUCAUUCUAAAGGAAUCACACAUGAGACCGUGUUCAGAGUGAGGAAUGAAACUGCAGUGACUCCAAACUCAGAUGUUCUGGAUGAAGUGACUUCGUCUCUCCAGCAAUCAGAUCAGUUGUGGUGGAUUUCUGUUAUCUUGAUUUUCUUUCUUUUGGCAUUUCUCUGUUUCAUGCUGCGGAAAAGGAUCUUCAGAUGUUUUUCGAAGGCAGCGCCGUCCGUCUGCAAUGAUUUAGACAAGAGGGAUCCUGAAUCUGACAGGACUCUGAUGAAGGUCAAAUCUGAUUCUCCUGAUUCACUGAAUCAUUCUGAAUCUGCCGGGACUCUGAUGAAAGAGUUUUAAGGUUGAGAUCAUAUUCUCAGACAUUUCUGUCAAGGCUCCAGGAGUCAGUACAGGUUUAACAGAAUCAGCUUUAUACAGUACAGACUCAUUCAGAGCAGCUUCAGUGUAAUAAACAGCACAAUAAUGAUUCAGUUCAAUUCUGCUGUAAAGAAGCUCUAAAAGACAACAGUGUCAUUAUUCAGAUCAGUUCAGAUCAGUGUUAUGAGUUCAGUUCAUAAGCAGCUCUCCUGAAGACAGCAGUGUUCAUAUUCAUCAUUUUCAUCAAGGUUUUCCCAAAGUCUGUCAGAAUGUUUGUGAUUCUCAAUGCUUUAAUAUUUUGUAAACUGUAGCUGAAGGAAAUCUAUGCUAUGCUAAAUGUGAUUUUUUUUUUUUUAAUUAUUAUUUUUGAAAAAUCAUGAAAUUGUUAUUUGUGAUCAGUUAAAAUGAACUUUAAUCAAACUUUUUUUUCUUUUUUUUUAAACUAUAUAGACCAUUUUACUGCCCAAAUAAAAAUGAACCAUGUGACUAGGUUCAUGUCUUGUUGAGAUGUAUUUAUUCAGUGUCUCUGUACAGACAGAUGAAGUGUUUAUUGGGCCUUUAGCAGGAGUGUCAGUGCGUCAGAUCAAAAAGUGUCCGGCAGGUGGCGCCAAACACUCACCGAUGACAUUUGAUCUUCCGCUUCUGAGUUCGCGCUUAAAGCUGAACGCUGCAGCCUGUUGUUCCUUCAGGUUUUCUUGACCAGUUCCUCGUCGCAUUUCAUAUAAAGAGCAUGAUUUAUAGAUGUUUUAUGGCGUGUUUGUUUUUAAGAAGCGUUAUUUUGGACUAUAUCCGCAUGAGCGCAUCUGCAGGUAAAAUAUCUUAACAGGAACUCACCGGUGUCGGUGUAUUAUUAAUGUCAAAUCUUACCCUGCCAUCACCUGAGAUGUUGCUGGAGUUGUUAUCUGUGAAAAGUUUGUCACAUUUAUGAAAGCUUCUAUGAAUUUGUUUUCCGUCUAAAAGCUUUUUCACCUCGUACGGUCAGUUGCUAUAAAAAGUGCUAGGCUAUGUUUACAAUAUGCUUCUAUGCUUUCAUAGGAGUUAUGCAGUAGGGUGAAGUCAGCAAAAGUGGGACUUUUUAUUUGUAAACUGUAUAUUUAAUACAGAUUAAUCUUUUGUAUUGAUGUUUUAAAACAAAUGUUCAAGUUUCUUAUAUCUCCAGCUGGUUUUUGAAGACUGUCAUGAUGCAGCUGAUACCUUUCGUGUCUCUGAGAAACACGGUGACAUUUCGUUACAAUGAUUCAGUGACCCUUAAAGAUUAUUAUUUUUAUUUACUUUUUUGCAUUUUGCAAUUUCUAAAAUUGUAUAAUUACAUCGGUACUCUCAUGAUAUUAUUAUGCAAUUAUAAUCGCAGGCAGCAGGUACCAUAUCCCUCGUCAGCAUUAAAUGGUCAGUGCUAAAGGUGCACGCGGGCAAAAGGGCAUUUGAUUUAAUUAUCCCCUAAAACACUAGAUGCCAUAAAACGACGCCACAGCGAUUUCGUCAACAACUGAGUUUCACUGUUUGCGCGUGGAAAUCCGGCUGAUUCUUGACGCGCUCGUGAGCAUUAUCAUGAUUCUGCUCUAAUCUGAUGGAACAGGCCUGGACAGCGCGUGCAUAAUUAUUAUGCACGUUGAUUUUCUGAUCAUAUUUUUUCCAAGCACAUUGUACCAAUUCCAAACCACAGCAAUGGUGACAGAUUGAAAUAUAGAUUCGGAUCUCCUCCGAAAAGGUUUAAGAAACAUUCCGAAUCAUUAAUGUUUGUCUGUAUUUUAAAAAUAUAAAACAUAUUUCAGCGACAGUGUAUUUAUUGAACGAAAAUACAUUUGAUCAAAAUAGUACAAACUUUGUUUAAAAUGUCGUUUUGAACAAGUAUUAACUUAUUCUGCAAAACAGUUACUUGAACUAAAGUAUUUGUAGGCCCACCUCAUACAUUUAGCUUAUAUUAUUUUUAUAUUAUCAUAAUUUAUAUUAUAUUAUCAUAAAUUUAAUUUCAGUUUGGCUUCGAAGGACACUUAUUAUUCAGUAAUUGAUCUGAUUGCACUGACACUAUCUGAUGAGAACAAAAGUUUUAAAAACCUGUUUGUUGUUUAGAAAAAGUCUUGUAUUAAGCGCUAUAAAGGUGACUUGACAUCCGUCAGGCAUGUUAAUUAGAAAAUAAAAUUAUGUCAGCCAAAAAGAUUGUUUCUGGUUAUUAAGUUUGUAUUUUGCAUUUUUAAUUACAAUAUUAAACUAAAAUAUUUUGUUGUAAUUAGACAAGAAAAGACACGAUCUUAUUUUGAGUUCAGCGCGGCGAUUUUAAACGCUUGAAGUUCAUCUUUUUGGUUAUUCGUCGCUUCCGUCUGAGAGAUUUAUUUAUUUAUUUAUUUAUUUUGUGAAUAAAACGAGCAAAAAGACAAAACAGCAGAAACUUAAGCGGUUUUCAGCAUGUGUGCAUAUUGUGAGUGUUACUUGGUUUUCUUUUUUCUUUCUUUGUAAAGUUAUUAGGCCUAUAACCUGCAGCGGCUUUCACUCAAGUGUGUGUCAUGGUAAGAACCAUGCAGCCUAUAAUAAAUAUUAUCUUCAAAGUGUUUAAGUGUAGGCCUAUUUUAUAAUAAAUAAGAAUUACUGUACUGUUUAAAAAUUGAAUUCCCUCUUUUGAUCACUCUAUUCUACAAUUAUUCACAUUAAUCCGACUUGAGUGACUGAUAUGCACUGUUCACCACCACCACCGUGUUUCUACCGCUUGACAUUUUCUCUCAUGAUGAGUAAUACUUUCCUUCAGCAUUGUGCAAGACUGAUCUGACAAGAUGCACAGUGGUGAAACAAACACCACCUGCGAGUGAAACCAUACCUAAAGAACAGCUUAUGUACAGAUGGAAGAGCACUGAAUGAUGUUGCCACAGGAAAACUGUCAAGGCCAACAUAUUUCACUUAAAAUCCAUCAUUUAAACACAUUUUAGAUCACCAAAAAAGUCACUGAAAUACACAAUGGCCAACAAAUACAGACAAGUUACCACCACCAAAUAUAUUUGCUAAAGAUAUACAGUUCUGACCACUCAUUAACAUGCUUACAGGCCAAUAUACUGUAUAUCAUUGAACUAUAUUGCUUUCUAUGAAACAGAAGAAUCUGAAAAGACUGCAGUCAUGACUCGAGAGCAAACAUGGCGACUCAACAGGUCUCUCUGUGUCACUGUGGCAAUAUUUUAUACCGCUUUAGAUGCUUUGCAUGCAGUAAGAGUUAUUCGACAAAAAAAAAAAAAAAACUUAUUCCACAACAAUACUGCUCAAGGAAAGUCAAACACUUUUACGUUUAGAUUUACAUUUAAUCAUUUAUGAGACGCUUUAAUCCAGGGCGAUUUAAACGGAUGUCAUACAAUCUCUGUGGUCAUACCUCUCAUUCCUAUGGAGCUGGAUCAGAAACCCCAGAUAUCUGAUUCUAUGGCAACGAUAGUGCCGCCCCUCCCUGGCCUAAACUAACUCCACCCUCUGUGUGGACUGUUAUAAGGGCUCUGAUCGCAGCGACCCAUUCAUUCAUCACCGACUAACCACGGAUCCGCGUGCAGAUUCAGUCCUCAGUGGGGUUUGUGUUCGUGAUUCUGCCUGUGAUUCUGAAUCAAACACUCAAUGAUCCUGACUGUGAACAGAGCUGGUAUACAGAGGACAGGCGUCUGAUCGCAGAUCCAUCGAAUCCACACAAACUGAUCGAUCCUGUGACGGCUGUAUCAUCUGAUCGUCUCGUCACUUCUCACUGUGUGAAUCUGAAUCAUGAGAUCAUCUGUGAUGAAUCAAGAUUGAGAAUGGAGACCAUGUUCAGAGUGAGGAAUGAAACUGCAGCGACUCCAAACUCGGAUGUUCUGGAUAAAGUAGCUCCGUCUCUCCAGCUCUCAGAUCAGUUGUGGUGGAUUUCUGUUCUCAUCAUCAUCUUUCUUCUGACAUUUCUCUGUUUCACGCUGUGGAAAAGGAUCUUCAGAUGUUUUUCGAAGGCAGCGCCGUCCGUCUGCAAUGAUCUAGACAAGAGGGAUCCUGAAUCUGACAGGACUCUGAUGAAGGUCAAAUCUGAUUCACUGAAUCACUCUGAAUCUGACAGGACUCUGAUGAAGGUCAAAUCUGAUUCACUGAAUCACUCUGAAUCUGACAGGACUCUGAUGAAGGUCAAAUCUGAUUCACUGAAUCACUCUGAAUCUGACAGGACUCUGAUGAAGGUCAAAUCUGAUUCACUGAAUCACUCUGAAUCUGAUUGGACUCUGUUGAAGGUCAAAUCUGAUUCUCCUGAUUUACUGAAUCCCCCUGAAUCUGACGGGACUCUGAUUAAGGUCAAAUCGGAUUUGCUGAAUCACUCUGGAUCUGACAGCACACUGAUGAAAGCGCUUUAAGAGACCAUGUUCAGAGUGAGGAAUGAAACUGCAGCAACUCCAAACUCAGAUGUUCUGGAUGAAGUGACUCCGUCGCAGCUCUCAGAUCAGUUGUGGUGGAUUUUGGCUCUUUUCUUCAUCAUGGUUGUUCUUCUGCUCUUGAUGUGUUUCAUGCUGCGUAAAAGGAUCUUCAGGACACAGAUGAAGGUCAGAUGUGAUGAUCCUCAUUCAGUACAGAAAUCUCAGCGGUUAAAGGCUUCAGAGACUGAGCUUUGAAUCAACAUCACCAGUCAUUUUUCAUAUAUCUACUCAAACUGAACCAGCAGCACCUUGUUGUUCCUUCAAAAUGAGGCACAAAGUUGAUUUCCAGACCCUUCACCGUCUCUGUUCCUCUGUGGUGAAACUUACCAAAAAUACCUGUUCUUUUCUGCAUUGUUAUUUCUGUUCUAGCUUGUUUCCUGAUCUAGCUUUGUAAUGAAGCUGUCAUUUUGGAUAAAAGCAUCUGCCAAAUGAGUAAAUGAAAACUGCAGAUCAUGUAGUGUUGUUUAUUCACUUAGAUUAUAAUUUAAUGUAUAUCCAAAAUAAUGAAAAGAUGAUGUAUUCUAAAUGACAAGAUUUCAGAUGGUUUCUCUUUCAAGUGUAACCGUACUGUUAAUAAACUCUUUCUCUUAUAAA